CACGGAAGGCGUUCCGGAUGGUGUGUGAGGGCUGUCUGGUAGACGUACAAGUCACGGUGAUCCCUGCUGAACUCACUUCACUCACAGCCACCUAUCAGCACUACCAAACAGAGUGCCAGAACGUGUGACCACAUUUUUCUACCACUGUAACCUGGUAGUGAUUCCACUGUUCUAUCUCGAACAUUACCACAGACUCGUCAUGUCUGCACUAGCACCUAUAAUACCUCUUGAACUGCAGUAUCUGGUCAUCGAUGUAUACAUCGGAUCCAAUUCCCUUUUCCACACGGCGAAGAUCCGAUCCUAUGACCUCCCCCUCCGUCUCGUCUGCUCGAGCUGGCAUGACUACACCUCGCAGCUCUUCUUCAGACCCUUCAAGCACAUAGUUCUGCGCGACACCGACCACGCAGUGCGCUUUUGUGCGCUUGUGCGUGCCAGUCCGCGUGCGGCGAUACUGGUGCAAACACUCUCCGUGGACAAAACACUGUCGGUCACGGCGGGCCUGGCGGAACUCCUGUCCGAGGACAUGCAACAGCGCCUUCCGAACCUGCGCUUCCUCAAAUUGCAGCACAUGCGUUUUGCGGCUAUUCCGCGUGACAAGCGGAUGGGGAACUGGGCCCAGGUAGAGCAGGUGCACUUGAACGGUCGGUUAGUCCUCGAGACCGUGGACGGCCUGUGGGACUGGGUUGCGCUCUUUGCGGGGUGUGGAUCGCUUUCUUUCGGGGGGCAUAUCCGGAACACACCAAUCCCGAAAGAAGUGGCGCCACCGUCAGACCCUCCGUGUGUCCACCUGCGGUCUCUGGUCUUCAACGCGUCGGGCACCAUCGAGCCGGUCAUUCCCGCAGCGUUGGCCUCCCCAAAUCUCCGCGUUGAUCAGUUGACAUUGUACAUCUACGACCCUUCCUGCUACACACCCCUUCUCCGCGUUCUCCCUUCGAAGCUCCAAGAACUGUGGCUCUUGCGCCACAGCCACUACGUCGCCAUCCCUCUAAAACUGUCGGACGGCAGCUGCCCCGAGCUACAUUCGGCCACCUUUUCUCUCCUGAAGCCCAAUGCGCGGCUGAUGGCUCUCGUCCUGUCUGAUGUACGAGUGAUCCUCCGCGCAUCACCCAACCUAUCCCAG